AUGGGUCUGUUUACGAAAAAGACAGCGUCGUCAGCGUCAGCCACUCUCGAGCCUCCGGACCUGAACAAUGCCAAAUCCGCAGAUACCACCGCCGUACCCAGCCAGAAUGUCUCGGACACAUCUUCAUUGGAGAAGAGUAGAGACAUAGAGACACCUGCCGUGGACGCAAAGGGACUUGAGACCGAUGAUAGGACGGAAGAUGUUUCCAUACACUCACCGGGGACUGGAGACAAGACGCAAGAGGAUAUACAGAUCCAGACCGAUGCAAAGAGCACAACCUCAGCCAGUGUGGUUGCUCCAGCCGGCCCCGAGGACGACGAUGAAGUAGUCUAUCCGGGAGGAUUGAAACUGGCACUCAUCACCCUUGCCCUUUGCCUUUCUGUAUUCUUGGUCGCGCUGGACAAUACGAUUAUCGCAACGGCCAUCCCCAAGAUUACAGAUCACUUCAAGUCUCUGGGCGACGUCGGUUGGUAUGGGUCGAGUUACUUGCUCACCACUUGUGCCUUGCAGUUGUUCUUUGGAAAGCUGUACACCUUUUACUCUAUCAAGACGGUCUAUCUGGUCUCGAUCGUCAUCUUUGAAGUCGGGUCUGCCGUUUGUGGUGCCGCCCCAACUUCCGAUGCCCUGAUUGUUGGUCGUGCGAUAGCGGGCGUCGGCUCCGCGGGCAUUUUCAGUGGCGCAUUGGUGAUCAUCGCGUACACUGUCCCGCUGAUCAAACGACCAAUCUAUACCGGUCUUAUCGGGGCCAUGUAUGGAAUUGCGUCGAUUGCUGGCCCGUUACUCGGCGGGGCCUUUACCGACGGGCCGGGUUGGCGGUGGUGUUUCUAUAUUAACCUCCCUCUUGGCGGUGUGACCCUGGUCGUCAUCUUCCUCUUCUUCCACUCUCCUGUCCGCAAGGCUGAGAAGAAAGUGCCUCUCAGAGAACGCGCCCAUCAACUUGACCUAGUCGGCACUGCACUCUUCAUCGUUGACAUUGUGGUUUGCCUUCUGGCACUGCAAUGGGGCGGCUCCACAUACGCUUGGUCCAACUGGCGGAUCAUUCUGUGCCUCACUCUUUUUGGCGUCCUAACCAUCGUCUUCGUCAUCUGGCAAUACUUUAUGAAGGAAUUUGGAACCAUUCCAUUCAACAUCAUCUCACAACGAAGCGUGGCAUCUGCCUGUUGGUUCGCAUUUGCCCUCGGCGGAGCAUUCUUUGUGUUGAUUUACUGGGUGCCCAUCUGGUUCCAAGCCAUCAAGGGUGCAUCUGCGUUUAAAUCGGGCAUCAUGUGCUUGCCGAUGGUCCUGGCACUCGUGCUUGCGAACAUCCUAACUGGUGUGGGGACAACAGUGAUCGGGUACUACGCCCCCUUCUACUAUGGCUGCGUAGUCUUCUCUGCCAUCGGCGCCGGUCUCCUGACAACGUUUGAAACCACCACGGGCCACGACAAGUGGAUUGGGUAUCAAGUUAUUUACGGCCUCGGCGUCGGGCUAGGCAUGCAGCAAGCCCUCAUCACUGUCCAGGCCGUUCUCCCAUUGAAGGAUGUUCCUACGGGCACUGCGUUGGUCAUGUUCAUGCAAACAUUCGGGGGAGCCCUCUUUGUCUCGGUGGCCCAAAACAUCUUCAACAACCGGCUCAUGUCAGAAAUCCCCAAACAGGCACCGGGGAUUGCUCCGGCCAUCAUCUUACACGUUGGGGCGACGAGUUUGAAGGAUCAGAUUCCAAAAGCGCUGCUACCUGGUGUACAGACAGCGUACAACACCUCGUUGACGCAGACAUGGUAUAUCGCUGUGGCGAUGACCUGUUUACAGAUUCUCGGGGCCGUGUUUGUCGAGUGGAAGAGUGUGAAGGGCAUGAAGCCUGGAGGUAUAGCUGCCUAG